AUGCACGAAUUUAUAACACUACGAGGUGGGAUUACUGUUCCUCACGUAAGCCUAAUCGGAAUCUCGCAGGGCUAUCAGACCUAUCCUGGUGGCCGAAUCCAAUCCCUUGAAGUCGGCGUCCUCUCUCUCGGAGUCGAUGCGCUAAAUCAAUCAUUCAGCGUCAACGAAACCCAUAUCGUCGAAGCCAAUUUCGUCACGGGCUGGUUAUACAAGUCUGGAAAUAUUCCUUCAUACUCGUAUGGUAUGCACAUUGGUUCUGCAGCAAAAGAAAUUUCAGGCUCGUUGAUUCUUGGUGGAUAUGAUGUCGCGCGUGUGAUUGGGGAUGUGUCGAGUCAGACGUACAAUGGGACUAGGUUUCCCAUACAGUUGUUGGAUAUCGGUAUUGGCGUGGCGACUGGUGACUCACCGUGGAAUUCGUCCAGUAUCACCAACCUUCUCACAGCUGCAAACUCGUCCUUGCAGCAACAAGACGCAAGCACUCAGGUUCUUGUAACCGGUACAGACCCAUAUCUCUACCUCCCCCAGAGCACUUGCGAUGCUAUAGCCACCCAUCUCCCCGUAAGCUACAACGCCAGCCUGGGGCUUUACUUGUGGAACACCAAGACCACGCAGUACACAAAGAUUGUCAGAUCGCCGAGCUACAUAUCCCUCACUUUCGCCGCCAAUGCUUCAUCUACCUCGGACGCGAAGAUGAAUGAUACUAUGACGAUCAAAGUACCGUUUGUGUUAUUAGAUCUCAAACUUGAGUCCCCACUGGUCGAUGAGUCGACGGCAUAUUUUCCGUGUAUGGGUACUGCUAAUGGAGGGCUGAACGUGCUGGGUCGAGCGUUCCUCCAAGCUGCCUUUGUUGGCGUGAAUUGGGCCACGAAGGGACAGGAACAGGGGAAUUGGUUUCUGGCUCAAGCGCCGGGACCGGGAUACUUGCGAGGGGAUUCCGAGUUGAACGUGGUUAGUAUCUUUGAUACGAAGGAGACAAUUAUCGGUUCGUUUGCGCAGAGCUAG